AAAAUUUAUUAUAAGAAAUGGCCGAGUAUCAACCACAAGCAAUUGUUUAAUAGCCCGCUAUCUAUGGAGCACCCCAAACAAUUACAGGUUAGCCUCAAUUUGUAAGACCUAUUGUUCUUGGAAAUUCAACCUACUAACAAUAACUAGUAACAAAUUAGAAUUUGGGUCAGAGCGGAUUCUAUUAAGGUGGUGGAGUGUUGGUGAAUCAACCAGUAUUGGGUGCAUCAGCAAUAAGUUCAAACAUUGUCUCAGUAAUAAUUGUUUGAAUGUAGACUGGAUAAGCAGUAAAAGGAGAAUCAAGAAUAGAGUACAUCCCCUACGAAAAGACAAUAACGGAAUAUGAAGAAGUGAGAAGACAAAUUCAGGUGCCAAUUACGAGAUAAAUCACUGAAUAUUAGGCCAUCUAAUAUGAAACUGAAUACAUUCCUUAAGUGAUCUAAGAAAAAGUGAUUGAAUACAUGCCAGUUGAAAAAUAUGCUGAAAGAGUAGAAUACCAAACAGUGACAAGAUAAAAUGUGCUUUAAGUAACAUAUUUGAAUUAAAUUUUAGAAUACUGUACAAUAAGUAUAGUAAACAUAAAUUUAACCAAUUGUGACAACCCAAACAUACUAAGCAUCCACUCCUAUUGUCUAAACUGUCCAAUAACCUAUUGUCACAUAGGUAACUUAACCAGUUGUCUAAUAAUAAAUAAUUUAGAAUGUUCCACAAACCUAUUAUUCUACAUAUUAAUAACCAAUCACUACAUAAUAUAUUUAGCAACCUCUCCCUGCUUAAUAGACAAUCCCAGCUCCAGUGUAUUAAACCUCAAGUCCUAGAUUAAGAUAGCCUUCCCAAUUUAUCAAAGCAUCUGCUCCUGUAACAGCAACUUCAGCCUAUGUUCAACCUCCAGUUCUAUAUCAAGCAUCUCAAACUAGAGUUGGUGCACCUAUUGUCUAAGCAUAACCUGUUGCUUAUGGUUAUUAACCAUAAGGAUAACAAUUACUCGCUUAUUAAGGACAAGUGGCAUAGCCUAAUUAACCAAAUCAAACUAACCAAGUUCCUAAUCAACCACCUAAGGUUAGUUAACAACCUAAAGUUAGUUAACCACCUUAAUAACCACAGACCACUUAAGUUCCACCUAAUUUGGUAAAUUAUUCAUUUAGAUUAGCAAAAGUAAUAACAACAAUAAUAGCAAAAACCUUAGUAACAAUAACCAAUUACGAACCAACAAUAACAGAAAUAAGAUAAAGGAUUUUUAGCCAAAUUAUUCGAUUGAAAUAUAUUCAUAGUGCA